AUGAGUGACUCCUCCGACUCCGACUCCAGUGUCUUUGAAGGCUUCAAGCUUUAUCGAUACACACCCAGUGCCGUUGCCGCCGCUAUAUUCUGCGUGAUAUUCCUUGCUUCGACCGUAUAUAUGGCAUGGAAGAAUUUCAGAACCCGAUCCUGGUUCUUCACCGCUAUGGUCGUCGGUGGACUAAUGGAGGGUAUAGGUUACAUUGGUCGAAUUCUGUCGCACAGUAACCCCGAAGCGUUGAAUCCCUAUAUUAUGCAGUCUAUUCUGCUUCUAGUGGCUCCCGCUCUAUAUGCUGCCUCCAUAUACGUCGUACUCGGUCGACUAAUGCGCAAGCUCCAUACUGAACGGUUCUCUCUCAUACGGAUCAAUUGGCUCACCAAGUUCUUCGUCACUGGUGACGUCCUGAGUUUCUUCGUCCAAUCCGGCGGUGGAGGCUUCCUCGCGGGUGCCAAGGACCAGAGUGAUGUCAAUCUCGGCCAGACCGUCAUUAUUGUCGGCUUGGUCAUUCAGAUACUAUGGUUUGGAGGGUUCAUCCUCGUGUCUGUCGUUUUUCAUUAUCGUAUGCGGGUGGUCCCCAUCGUCAUCGAGAAGAGAAGUUGGAGGACCUUGAUGUAUGUCCUCUACGUCGCGAGCGCCAUGAUUAUGGUGCGAUCCGUUUUCCGGGUCAUAGAAUUCGUGCAAGGAAACGAUGGCUCCAUCAUGAGGAAUGAAGUAUGGCUCUACAUUUUCGAUGCUGUUCUUAUGGCUACGGUUAUUGUCCUGUUCUGCAUUUUCCAUCCCAGCGAGUACUUGCAAGAGAACGAGGAGGAGUACAGAAUGGGAAGUCGUGACCGUGAAGAGCUUGCAGCUGUUAUGCCACCACAGCACUAUGCAGCCGUACGAGACUACUAA